AUGUUGGCUGACGCAGGACUAGAAGUUGCCAGCUUUAAUCUGGCUUAUUUGUGCGAACAUAACCAGAACGGUGUCCGCAAAUAUAUAUCCAAAGAAUGUGAAUGGAAGCAUUACAACUUAUCCACGCAAAGAGAACCGCAUUUCGUGGAUGCUUACUCAUACAUAAAAAUGGGCGACUAUCAUUGGUAUGGCUGUCUGGGGCACAGAAAUCUGGCAGAAGCAGCAAACCAAUACUCACAGGCUGCAGUGAAAGGGAAUCCACAGGCGCUGUUUAACCUGGCCUACAUGGUAGAAGAAGGAGUCGACAUAUCGCCGGUUAUUUGGUGGAGGUUACACCUGUCUUCAGAUAUCUACACAAGUAAAGUCAGGCUACUCUUGGAGCUCUAUGCUAGGUGCAGAGAAUCCAGGCAAAGUGAAGCCUUCAUGCCCUGCUGUCUAGCCUGGUUUCGUAUAUGGUGUUUAGAUAUUUGGGACCAGUAUCAUAUCUACAUGAAGGUCACCAGUUUUCUCAGUGUUUUUGUAACCAUAACCACGACAACAUAUCUCGUGUACAGGCAUUUUUUGCAACGGCGAAUAGACAGACAAAACGAGCUGGAGAGAAAAGCAGCGGAGGAGGAAGAAGACAGAGGCAGACUAGCUGACUUACAGAAUAUUGUGGAGGUGGAGGAAAAUGACGACGAAGAAGAGUUCGAAGACAUCUGA